AUGAAGUACGUUGUUGUCUCCGGCGGAGUGAUCUCGGGUAUCGGCAAGGGUGUUUUGGCGCUGUCGACGGGCCUUCUUUUCAAGACCUUGGGUUUCCGGGUCACCUCCAUCAAAAUCGACCCAUACAUGAACAUCGAUGCUGGAACCAUGUCUCCAUUGGAACACGGUGAGUGUUUUGUUUUGAACGACGGUGGCGAGGUCGACUUGGACUUGGGUAACUACGAGAGAUACUUGAACAUCACCUUGACCAGAGACCACAACAUCACCACGGGUAAGAUCUACUCGCAUGUUAUUGAACGCGAGAGAAAAGGUGACUACUUGGGUAAAACCGUGCAAGUGGUGCCUCACAUCACCGAAGCCAUCCAGCAGUGGAUCGAGAGAGUUGCUCGUGUGCCUGUGGACGAGUCUGGCUUGGAGCCUGAGGUGUGUAUCAUCGAGUUGGGUGGUACUGUUGGUGACAUUGAGAGUGCUCCAUUUGUGGAGGCCUUGAGACAGUUCCAGUUCCGUGUUGGUUCGGAGAACUUUGCCUUGAUCCACGUGUCGCUUGUUUUGGUCAUUCACGGCGAACAAAAGACCAAGCCUACCCAGGCUGCCAUCAAGGAGUUGAGAUCGCUCGGUUUGAACCCAGACAUGAUCGCAUGUAGAUGCUCCGAGGAGUUGGAGGUGGCUACCGUCCAGAAAAUCGGUAUGUUCUGUCACACUGGGCCAGAGCAGGUGGUGGCCAUCAGAGACGUCAACUCCACCUACCACGUUCCUCUCUUGUUGCAGGAGCAGAAGAUGAUGAAGUUCUUGUCGAAGAAAUUGCGUUUGGACGAGGUCGACUUGGCUGAAAGCUCCAAGGCCAGAGGCGCUGCUCUCUUGACCUCCUGGAGAUCCUUGACUUCUGCUCACGACAAAUCCGUGGAGCAGGUCACCAUUGCCCUUGUGGGUAAGUACACCAACUUGAAGGACUCGUACCUUUCCGUGAUCAAGGCUUUGGAGCACUCGGCCAUGCGUUGUUACCGCAAAUUGAAGAUCGAGUGGGUGGAGUCCAGCGACUUGGAGCUUGAAACCAAGGAAUCCUCUCUCGCUGAUUACCACAAGGCAUGGCACAUGGUCUGCCAGGCUGACGGUAUUCUUGUGCCUGGUGGUUUCGGCUCCAGAGGUAUCGAGGGUAUGGUUGCCGCUGCCAACUACGCUAGAGUGAACAAUGUGCCUUAUUUGGGUGUGUGCUUGGGUUUGCAGGUUGCUGUCAUUGACUUUGUCCGUUCCAUGUUGGGCUACGAGAAAUCCACUUCCAUGGAGUUCCACCCUGAGGCCAACGAGGAGACCUCCUCCGUUGUCUACAUGCCUGACGUUGACCAGAUCAACUUGGGUGGUACCAUGAGAUUGGGUAUCCACAGCACCAAGUUCUCCAAGGACCUGGAGUGGUCCAAGUUGAGAAAGUUGUACGGUGGUGCCGAGUCUGUUCUCGAGAGACACAGACACAGAUACGAGGUUAAUCCCAAGUUGAUCGACCGUAUCGAGGAGAAGGGCUUGCACUUCAUUGGUAAGGACGAGACGGAGAAGAGAAUGGAGAUUGUCGAGCUCAAGGACCACAAGUUCUUUGUCGGCACCCAGUACCACCCUGAGUACUGCUCCAAGGUCUUGGACCCUUCGAGACCAUUCUUGGGCUUGGUUGCUGCUUCCGCCGGUGUUUUGGAGGAUGUGUUGGCCAGAGAUGACAUUCACGAAAAGGGCGAGUUCUAA